ACGUCGUUUAAAUGCGUGUUAUUGUCUUUUCGGGGGUACGCGGACUCCGAUACAUUCUAAAUACGCGCCUCUGCGUUACGACUUAUACACCAAAGCAUGUUUCCAAGCUCGCUGAGAAGAAUGUCAACGGCUUGGGUUUAUAAAAACCCUGACAAGCGUUAAUUAUAUAUUUUUAUAUGACAAUAGCCGCGUUUGUGCUGCAGAGUGAAAAUCAAAUUGAAAUUGAAUCGAAAGAACUGCGGUUCAGUAGUGAAAACGUUUGCAAGUCGUACAAGGGACACUUGGAGAUUGAAGAGGUUACGAGACAUUCUACGCGACUCGAGUUGCAGACAAAUAUUGAAACGUCAAGAUGCCAAAGCUCAGGCAGCCAACUUCCCUGCAGGAACUGGUAUUCGAUUUCAUCGUAAAUCACUGCGCGAAUUAUUGCCACCAGCUGAGCCUCAAGGGGGAUUUGGAGAAACUACGUCAGACCAUUACUGAGAUAAAAACUGAAUUGUUUCCAUGGCUGCCACCGAUCCUUGGCCAGCCUUCAGAGUUCUGCGAAAAUUUUUUCGAAAUAUUUUUAUUGCACGGCUACGAUACUUUAAAAUCGAGUAAUAUUUGUCGUCCGAUCGCGCACAACAGAGCAGCGGCUGAGAUAAUGAUGGACGUAGAAAUACCUGGACUCAUAUGUUCAGACCUGCACCUCGAAUACCUCGAUAUCCGAGAUUAUCGCAGAUUCAAGAUCCUAGAUGCAUUGAAAAUGUACGAUUUCCCAGUUUUUCAAGCCCUGGACUAUUUUCCUCUAGAAUAUUUGACCGAACUCUGGAUGAUAAACUGGUGCACUAACCAGGAACUGGAGAUCGUUGGAUCGCGUUGCAGGAAGCUGAAAAUCUUGAACAUUUCGUAUUCACGAAACGUAACUGACGAUGGAUUGCGAGCUUUGCGACCGUGCGCCGACUUGCGCGUCAUUCACUUUCGUUGCUCUGCCUCAAAAGUGACCAACGAUGCCAUAAACGAGCUGCUGUCAACGCAUACGAAACUAGAGGAGUUCAACACGAUCAGUGUCAAAUACUUGCCGGGGCGAGACGAAAUCAGAAUAUACGAUCCGUGUUCGCGUCGACAGACGCUGGUCUGUCCGUCGGUAAAACGCUACUGUAUCAGAGGGGCGGUUUGGAGUUCGGAUCUAAACGCCGUCGUGACACUGUUUCCGAAUUUGACCAAUCUCCAGUUUUGCUGUAGGUCUUUAAUUGAUUUGCGCGUGUUGCAAAAUCUUAAAAACCUCAAGGCGCUCUGUUUCUUGGGCAUUCAUUCGGUGAUAAUUUAUAUUGAGCAACUGUUAACGGUCAUCGGCGAAAAUAUUUCUGUAAUCGAGAUAAAGAUGUCUUCUACAGCAGUCGGUCAUUUGACACAGAAUGAUGUGAACUUCGUUCAUAAAUUCUGCAAAAAUAUCCAGGAAUUUGUAUUCGCUUACAGACCCACAAUACGAAUGGAUAAAUUGCUGAUGCCGUCUUUUAUGAAAUUGAAAAAACUGUCGAUAGAACGUUGCUUCAUGCUGACCGCGACGAUAGAGUUUCAGGAAAUGCCAGAGCUCGAAGAUCUUACGCUCGUGAACUUCGAGCCAAUUGUAGAUAUUAUAUCAUCCAUCAUGCUCGAUAAUAAAAGAUUUGGAAAAUUGAAAAUGUUUCACUCCAUGAUUUUAGAAGGCAAAGAGCAUCAGAGACUCAACGGCUUGAAUCAAAUCGCGAAAGAGAUGAAUAUCGAUUUUUCAGUAGUAUUUUUUGGUGAUUUUGAAUUGUAGAUAUUUGUUUGCCGUUCCAUUUCGGUAAAUCAUACUUUUUAUCCGAUGCUGAAUUUCGGGGAUGUGCGGGUAGCCCCGGACACUCGAAGUAUGCAACAAUAGAGACGAAAAUGUAAAUAACGUGACAUAUUGCUCACAUUUUAAAUCAACGCUUGCCAAUUGGAAAGAAAAUUUUGUACAGAAAAUGUGUGUAUAAUU